AUGAAGCAGCAACUUGCCAAGCUAGUAGGUGUGGUGACGUUGCUGGCACUGCUAGCUCUGCUGGAGCUGGCCACCACCGCCAGCGUCAAGCUCACCACCGACGACCUCAACUCCGAGGCGUCGCUAUGGGGGCUUUACCAGCAGUGGUUGUGUGCAUUGGGGGAGGGAUUGAUGGCCAACAGCGAGUAUGAGUACGUGAAGAGGGAGUUCGAGUUUGAUCGCUGCCUCCCGCCCUCUAACUGGAUCGUUGUCCGCAUCGACGGCUGCCACUUCCACAGGUUCUCGAAGAUUCAUGCCUUUGAGAAACCGAAUGAUGAGAACGCUCUAAGAUUAAUGAAUGCUUGUGCCACUGCUGUGCUUGAGAAAUUCCCGGACAUAGUCUUUGCUUAUGGUGUUAGUGAUGAGUACAGUUUCAUUUUCAGAGAAGAAACAGAGUUCUAUCACCGGCGAGAAAGCAAAAUUCUCUCUUUAUGUGUUUCCUACUUCACUUCUGUGUACGUAAUGAAGUGGAAAGACUUCUUUCCUAACAAAGAGCUGAAGGAGCCACCAUAUUUUGAUGGUCGAGCUGUAUGUUACCCAAAUUUGAAGACUAUUCGUGAUUAUUUGGCUUGGAGACAAGUGGACUGUCAUAUAAAUAAUCAGUACAAUACCUGCUUCUGGAUGUUGGUGAAGUCUGGAAAAAGUGAACAAGAGGCUCAGUUAGCUUUGAAGGGAACAUUUGCAAAGGACAAGAAUGAGCUGCUUGCUCAACAAUUCCAAAUAAACUAUGAUGAUGAACCAGCUAUGUUCCGCAAAGGAUCCAGUGUUUACCGAGAGAAGGUAGAAACAACUGUGAAGAUUGAUGACUUUGGGGAUCCCAUAAAAAGACCAAGAUUGAAAGUUACAGUGGCACAUGUUGAUAUCAUAGGGCCUGAGUUUUGGGAAAACCAUCAACACAUUCUUCGAGAAGGAAAAUUUUUGCAUUGGUUUGUAAAGAAAUUUGGCAUCAAUCACAUCCUUUCACCUUGUAAUUGGAUCGUUGUUCGCAUCAAUGCUUGCCAAUUUGAUCAAUUCUCAACAAUUCAUUCAUUUGACAAACCAAAUGAUGAGACUGCACUAAGUCUGAUGAAUGAAUCUGCAUCUUUGAUGAUGGAGCAAUACCCUGACAUCGUCUUUGCCUAUGGUUUUAGCAAUGAGUAUAGUUUUGUGUUCCAUGAGAAGAGUGAGCUAUAUCAGAGACAGGAAAGCCUAAUCCUUUCAUCAUGUUCUUCAUAUUUCACUUCUCUUUACAUAACGAAAUGGAAAGAGUUCUUCCCCCACAAAGAAUUAAUGCAGACACCACGCUUUGAGACAGAAGCUCUAUGUUAUCCAAAACUAAAGAUCGUAUGUGAAUACUUGUCAUGGAGGCAGGCAGAGUGUCACGCUGGCAACCAAUACAAUACAUGCUUUUGGAUGCUAGUGAAAUCUGGAAAAAGCGAAAAAGAAGCCCAUGAGAUAUUAAAGGGAACAUUGUCUAAAGAUAAAAAUGAAUUGCUUUUUCAGCAAUUCCAAAUGAACUACAACAAUGAACCUGCUAUGUUCCGAAAGGGUUCAUGUAUUUAUCGGCAAAAGGUGGAAGAACUUGCAGGAGCUGAGGACGGCGACAAUGACACAACAAGAGAGCGGUGGCAUGUGAAAGUGGACCAUGUUGACCUAGGACCCGGGUUCUGGCGAAAGCAUCCUUGGAUAAUGACUAAUUGCACUCAGUAG